CACUCACCAGCGGACAACAUGGCUUGCAAGGUGAUAAUUUUCGUGGCAGCUCUGUCGCUGGCCCACGCCGGUUACCUGGGAGCACCUGCAGUCCUCGCCCCCGCCGCCCCCAUCGCUAGGGCCUACGCCCCCGCUAUCGCCGCCGCCCCCAUCGCAAGGGCAUAUGCCCCAGCUAUCGCUGCCGCCCCUAUCGCCAGAGCUUACGCUCCAGCAAUCGCAGCUGCCCCCGCCAUCCGCGCCGCACCCGUCGCCGUGGCCGCCGCCGCCCCCGCCGCCGUCGCUGCCGAGUACGACCCUCACCCAGAGUACAGCUUCGCCUACAACGUCCAGGACGCGCUGACGGGCGACUCCAAGAGCCAGCACGAGAGCCGCAGCGGUGACGUCGUUCAGGGCAGCUACAGCCUGGCAGAGCCCGACGGUUCCAUCCGCACCGUCGACUACACUGCCGACCCCGUGAACGGCUUCAACGCCGUCGUGCACAAGGAGGCCGGCGCCCAUCCCGCCGUUGCCGCCGCCCCCGCCCGUGUGGCCGUCGCCGCCCCCGCCAUCGCGGCCGCCCCAGCGCUGGCGUACGGUGCCGGCCUCGGCUACGGUUAUGCUAGAGCAGCCUACGCCGCCCCCGCCAUUGCCGCCGCCCCCAUUGCUAGGGCAGCCUACGCCGCCCCCGCCAUCGCCGCUGCCCCUAUCGCCAGAGCUGCCUACGCCGCCCCCAUCGCUAGGGCGGCCAUUGCUGGACCCGCUCUGGCUUAUGGAGGAUACGGAUACGGUGGUUUGGGAUAUGGCAAGGCUAUUCUUGGAAGCGGUGACACAGUGAAGUCGCAGAAAACAGGAACAUAUGCUGAGCCCUACGGCAAGGCUUUCGAUGUGAUAAUUUUCGUGGCAGCCCUGUCGCUGGCCCACGCCGGUUACCUGGGUGCCCCUGCAGUCCUCGCCCCCGCCGCCCCCAUCGCUAGGGCCUACGCCCCCGCUAUCGCCGCCGCCCCCAUCGCAAGGGCAUAUGCCCCAGCUAUCGCUGCCGCCCCCAUCGCCAGAGCUUACGCUCCAGCGAUCGCAGCCGCCCCCGCCAUCCGCGCCGCACCCGUGGCCGUGGCCGCCGCCGCCCCCGCCGCCGUCGCUGCCGAGUACGACCCUCACCCAGAGUACAGCUUCGCCUACAACGUCCAGGACGCGCUGACGGGCGACUCCAAGAGCCAGCACGAGAGCCGCAGCGGAGACGUCGUCCAGGGCAGCUACAGCCUGGCCGAGCCCGACGGCUCCAUCCGCACCGUCGACUACACCGCCGACCCCGUCAACGGCUUCAACGCCGUCGUGCACAAGGAGGCCGGAGCCCACCCCGCCGUUGCCGCCGCCCCCGCCCGUGUGGCCGUCGCCGCCCCCGCCAUCGCCGCGGCCCCGGCGAUCGCUGCCGCCCCCGCCAUCGCCGCCGCGCCAGCGCUGGCGUACGGUGCCGGCCUCGGCUACGGCUAUGCUAGAGCAGCCUACGCUGCCCCCGCCAUUGCCGCCGCCCCCAUUGCUAGGGCAGCCUACGCCGCCCCCGCCAUCGCCGCUGCCCCCGUCGCCAGAGUCGCCUACGCUGCCCCCAUUGCUAGGGCUGCCAUUGCUGGGCCCGCACUGGCGUAUGGAGGAUACGGAUAUGGUGGAUUGGGAUACGGCAAGGCUAUUCUUGGUUAAACCCCUUUGUACAAACUAUUCAUUCCGUUUUCGUGAAUGUUUCUAUUAUCAUACACUUCCUGUGUUACAAUCUCUUCUAUGUAAAUAAAUCGCUGUUCACUGUAA